ACCUGACUGACGCACAACGACACACACUAGCCUACGCCAAAGUUCCGAAGUCCCUGUUUUGAACCGGUCUUCUAACUCUUCCACUUGUCUGCACUGGACUUCUCCCCUCCACAGAGAUGUGGUGUAGUCGCGUGGCUUUGCGUCGUCUACAGCGGAUUGCCGUUACUCCAUUAACUACAGCAGGGGGUCUAACUGGCGCAGUGCAGAGACAAAUGUCAACGCUUCCACGGGUGUAUAUCACCCGACAAAUUCCCCCAGAGGGACUGAAGAUCCUCCGGGAGUCUGGACAAGUGCAGUUUGAGCUGUGGGACUCAGACGAUGUCCCUGUGCCCAGAUGUGAACUGCUCCAGAAGGUCAGAGGCAUGGACGCUCUGCUCUGCGUUCUCACCGAGAAGAUUGAUACAGAGUUAUUGGAUUCCGCAGGUCCAAACCUGAAAGUCAUCAGCACUAUGUCAGUGGGAUUUGACCAUUUGAAUCUGGAGGAGCUGAAGAAGAGGGGGAUCCGUGUGGGCUACACCCCAGACGUUCUGACGGACUCUGUGGCGGAGCUCACUGUCGCUCUGCUGCUGACCACGUCCAGGAGAUUGAUCGAGGCCACGCAUGAGGCCAAGACAGGGGGCUGGGGCACCUGGAGGACAUUGUGGCUGUGUGGCUACGAGCUCGCUAACAGCACAGUGGGCAUCCUGGGUCUGGGGAGGAUCGGGGUGGCCAUCGCAGAGCGCCUGAAGCCCUUCAAGGUAAAGAAGUUCAUCUACACAGACGUGGUACCCAGACCUGAACUGGCCAGCAUGAUCAAUGCAGAGUACGUCUCUCUGGAUGAGCUGGCUAAGCAGUCAGACUUCCUGACAAUCUGCUGCGCUCUCACGCCAGAGACCAAGGAGAUCUGCAACAAGAACCUCUUCUCCAAGAUGAAAAACACCUCCAUUUUCAUCAAUACCAGCAGGGGAGGGGUGGUGAACCAGCAGGAUCUUUAUGAGGCUCUGUCCAUGGGUCAGAUAGCCGGCGCCGGCCUGGACGUCACCGUCCCUGAGCCCCUCCCAACCAGCCACCCGCUUUUUACCCUCAAAAACUGUGUAAUUCUUCCUCACAUCGCCAGUGCCUCCUACAGCACCCGAAAUGCCAUGUCUGCCCUGGCAGCCAAUAACCUGCUGCUAGGCCUGACGGGCCAGCCAAUGAUCAAAGAGCUCAAGAUUUAGGCGCCAAUCACCUGCAACCAGGAAGGAAAGGGUCCAAUCUUCAAUGAGAAAAACAAAAAAAAACAUUGUAUUGUUGUACUCAUACUCUACAUUAAUUCUCUAUUUCUUAUGCACAAAAUAAUUCUCCUGUUUUCAAUUCUAUACUGUUCAACUUAUUGUACCAAGUGGAUGACACAAAGUUGAGACAUUAAAAUAUUUUUAUUCAAUCAAUACAACAACUGAAAAGA